AUGGUGAUGUCUCCACCACCACCAUCCCUUCUUGUCUGCUCACAGAACUCCUGGCUGGAAGAGGUUGAGGAAGUGAUGUGGACGGAUGCUGGCAGACUGGGGGCUCUGGGAAGGCAGUUUCUCAGCUCUGACUUCCUCACAGACCUGAUGAUGUCCGAGGUGGACCGCUGUGGGGAGAAUGAACACCUCAUCUUCCGAGAGAACACUUUAGCCACCAAGGCCAUUGAGGAAUAUCUUAAGCUGGUGGGCCAGAAGUACCUGCAGGAUGCCUUAGGUGAGUUUAUCAAAGCUUUGUAUGAGUCAGAUGAGAACUGCGAGGUGGACCCCAGCAAGUGCUCAUCCUCAGACCUCCCCGAGCACCAGAGUAACUUGAAGAUGUGCUGUGAGCUGGCAUUCUGCAAGAUCAUCAACUCCUACUGUGUCUUCCCCCGGGAGCUGAAGGAAGUCUUUGCCUCCUGGAGGCAGGAAUGUAGUAACCGGGGCCGGCCAGACAUCAGUGAGCGCCUCAUCAGUGCUUCCCUCUUCCUGCGUUUCCUCUGCCCUGCCAUCAUGUCCCCUUCCCUCUUCAGCCUGCUCCAGGAGUACCCAGACGACCGGACAGCUCGAACACUGACCCUUAUCGCCAAGGUCACUCAGAACCUGGCCAACUUUGCCAAGUUUGGCAGCAAGGAGGAAUACAUGUCCUUCAUGAAUCAGUUUCUGGAACACGAGUGGACAAACAUGCAGCGGUUCCUGUUGGAGAUCUCUAACCCAGAGACCAUCUCAAACACAGCCGGCUUCGAGGGCUAUAUCGACUUGGGGCGGGAACUCUCCACUUUGCAUUCCCUGCUCUGGGAGGUCAUUUCUCAGUUCGAGCAGAGUACGGUCACCAAGCUCGGGCCUCUGCCUCGGAUCCUGAGGGACGUCAACACAGCCCUGAACAAUCCAGCCAGCGUGCAAUUGUCAAUGACAGCUGAGCAUGCAGCCUCUACCCCAAGUACAGGGGGCAGCAUCUCUGCAGGGCUGCAGAAGAUGGUGAUUGAGAAUGAUCUGUCUGGUCUGAUAGAUUUCACACGGUUACCAUCUCCAACCCCUGAAAACAAGGACUUGUUUUUUGUCACAAGGUCCUCUGGGGUCCAACCCUCCCCUGCCCGGAGCUCGAGCUACUCGGAGGCCAAUGAGCCCGAUGUCCAGAUGUCUAACGGCAGCAAAAGCCUCUCCAUGGUGGACCUGCAGGACAGUCGGAUGUUGGAUGGGGGCACCAGCACCCCAGGGGCCUCAGACCCUCUCAAUGACAGCCAGUCAUCCACAGGGCAGCUACAGGGUGUGUGGACAGCCCGGACAACCCAGAACAGCCUGGUGGGCAUGGCCACGGUGCGGCGGGCAGGACAGACACCCACCACACCCAGCUCUGAGGGUGCACCGGGCCGGCCCCAGCUGCUAGCGCCACUUUCUUUCCAGAACCCUGUGUAUCAGAUGGCUGCUGGCCUGCCCCUCUCACCCCGGGGCUUAGGGGACUCGGGCUCUGAAUGCCAUAGCUCAUUGAGCUCUCACAGCAACAGUGAGGAGCUGGCGGCCAGCAAACAUAGUGGGGGUGGCUUUGGGAGCGCUGCCGCUGAGGACUUGGCCCGGCGUCCUGGGGAGCUGGCAAGGCGGCAGAUGUCGCUGACAGAAAAGGGUGGACAGUCUGCUGUGCCGCGGCAGAAUAGUGCCGGCCCCCAGAGGCGGAUAGACCAGCCGCCGCCUCCCCCUCCUCCCCCUGUCACUCGGGGCCGGACGCCGCCUUCCCUCCUGAAUACCAUGCAGUACCCCAGGCCAUCAAGCGGGAGCAUGAUGUCCUCCUCCCCUGACUGGCCGGGCAGUGGAGCCCGGCUCAGGCAACAGUCAUCCUCCUCCAAGGGGGAUAGCCCUGAGAUGAAGCAGCGUACCAUGCACAAACAGGCCCCUUCACCUGUGAACCCCAAUGCACUGGACCGCACUGCCGCUUGGCUAUUGAAUAUGAACAUGCAGUUUUUAGAAGAUGAGAGCUUUGACCCAGACCCCAAACACAGGGAUAAGCUAAGGAGUAAGGAGGAACUCAGCCAAGCUGAAAAGGACAUUGUAGUGCUACAGGACAAGCUGCGUAUCUCGGCCAAGAAGCUAGAAGAGUAUGAGAGCAGGUUCAAGUGCCAAGAGGAGACGACCCAGAAGCUGAUGCUGGAGUACCAGGCUCGGCUGGAGGAGGGGGAGGAGAGGUUACGGAGGCAGCAGGAGGAUAAGGAGAUUCAGAUGAAGGGGAUCAUCAGCAGGUUGAUGUCAGUGGAGGAGGAAUUAAAGAAGGACCAUGCAGAGAUGCAGGCAGCAGUGGACUCCAAGCAGAAGAUUAUUGAUGCCCAGGAAAAACGCAUCGCCUCACUGGAUGCAGCCAAUGCACGCCUCAUGAGCGCCCUGACCCAGCUGAAAGAGAGUAUGCAUUAGAAACAAAACCCGCUCGUUUUCUGGAAUACAGGCCCUUUAAAUUGAGCGCACGCACUACAUGGGAAUUAAGAGCCCUGAAGGAUGUUAAACAUGAUCACCCAACAGGAACAGCAGCAAGGAGCCGGCAGGCCCCCCGUGCACACAGCCCGCUGGCCAGUCCGGACUGUGCUCUUUCUCCUGCUCCCCACCCCGUCCCGGACCCAUGGGACCCACACGUCCAGGGCCAGGGCUGGCUUUUUGUUCUUGUUUUUACUUUUCUUGUGUGUUGUGGUUCAAAGUCAGGAUCUUCUGGUGCUGUCCCCUUCCAUCCUGUGUCAGAGAAAGUCUAGCCAGGACAGCUCUUUGGAGGCAGGGUUGGGAAGAGAUCUUUUUUGACCCAUAUUAGGGGGCUCAACUGAGCAGUCAUAUUGAACAGGUCCACCAAUGAGGGGGUGUGGAUGGAGCACUGAGUCCUGCCUCUAGCCAGAGCCAAGUUGCCAGUGCCAACUCAGUGCCCACAAACUCCAUGCUGCAGACCAGGUCUCUCUUUGUCAUAUCCUUGCAGAGGCUGGUCCAAGAAACCAGCCAAAGAGAAGGUGAAAAACCUCAACUCUUCCCCUCCAACUUAAUUUUCCCCAGGACCUCAAUUAUUCCAGUUAGGGCUGGCAUGCUGGGUCCCUAGAAAUCUCUGCUUUUUUUCCCCUUCCCCAAGCUGUGAAUGCCUUUUGCAUUCCUGAUGUGGUCAGACCACCACCCCCCUUUCCCAAAUCAGAAUUCAGGUGGUAGAGCAGGGAGCAGGCUCUGAGUACUCUCCCUACUAACUAAAUCAGCUAGCUUUGGAGAAGGGCCUGAAAUCAAGACAAAGCAUCCCUCAGAAAGGCCACUGAAAAUCCAUGUAGCAGGAAGGUUAGGAAUAACAGGGUACUCUUGACCAUUAGGAGCAGAAACUACCAUUUCCAAAUUCCUCCAAGACUCAAAUCCACCAAUAGAUUUCUGCCAAAAUGGUGGCUUGGGGAAGGAGCAGAGAUCCUUGGGGGAAUGUUUCCAUGAAACUGAUUUAAUUCCAUUUCAUUUGGUCAGGGCUGGAGAGGCUCAUCCUGUGAUGGAUGGUAGUCUAGUUAGAAGAUGAGAUGAUCGGAAAUAAGCAUUAGGGGUGGAGAUGUGCUUCCCCAUUCCCCAACUCCCCAGGAGAUUCUGGGUUGGGGGGAAGCUCUCCAAUAAACAAGAGUCUUUGGGUGAACUUUGUGGGAAGAAAUUCAGCCCUGUGUGAAGAGGGGAGUUGCUGAUUGAGUUGGAAGUUGAAUAGCAUCCUUGUCCCCUGUCUUUGCCCUUCACUGCCUCUUUACCCCGUUCAUCCUACAGGGGGACCUCAAGCCACUGAGUUUGGCCCUACCUAUACAUCUGAGAAACCAUGCCAGAUGUGGGGAACUCAGACACCCUUAGGCGGGGGCUUUUGUUUUUAAUUUCCUGCCCAUCAUAAUAUUUAGUUACCAAUUACAGACUGGUCCUCUAUACCCAUAUUUAUAAGCACUCCAUUUCUUUUUUUCCUUUUGUUUUCAAAAAAUAGAAAAGAUUUAUCUUCUUCCCCACCUCCUCUACCCCCAGUUUCUGUUUCUGAAAUGUGUGUCUCAUAGCAAUACUGGGGACCAAGUCCCCACAGCCAGGGAGAAAGUCAACAAGGGACUGAAGACCACUAUAUAUAACAUUUGUCACCUGCUCGCUCAUUCUAAUGCUCUCUAUGGCGAGAGCCUUAUCUGGUGCAAAAACUGUAAAGUGUACAGACUGUCCACCGAUUUUUAUCUUAAUGCAAGUCUGACAACUUUUUUUGUAAAUGUUCUCUCGGUGUUUGAUUGUAAUGUAACUAUUUCACUAUCAGCUGUAUAUAGUGAUUCGCGCCUGGUGCUGCCUUGCAGACAGGAUUGGGCAGCUGCUUGUAGAAUGACUUGGAAUUUUAUUUUUUAUUUUCCCUCAUUUAAAAAAAAACAGAGUUGAGGAGCAGUAGGAGGG